UCAGCCUCCAGCUGCAGAGUUUGAUCUGGUCCUUCUCGCUGUCUCUCCUCUACUGGAUCCCAACACCUCGACCCUCAUGCUGUGGUUCUUGGUUCUUUAUCACCACUGACUUUCACAGAUUCUGCAGGGCUUUCAUCUCCCUUCAUCUCUUCUUCAUUUCCAUUCGGAUCAUUGAAUUCAAGCGACCGACUGACCAGGUCGUUGAAAAACCAGCGAGCAGCAAGAAUGACGGACAAAGCGGUCUUGCCACCCGGAGGUGGAGAUGAUGCCGGCGGCGUCAUGGCGCUGCUGGAGCGCGUGGCGGGCCUCAUGGACAACGUUCAGGCCACACAGCAGCGCAUGGAGGAGCGUCAGCUGGAGCUGGAGAACACAGUGAAAAGCAUCCAGGCCGACGUCGUCAAACUCACCAACGAUCACGCAAACACCAGCUCCACGGUCAGCCGGCUGCUGGAGAAGACCCGCAAGGUCAGCUGCCACAUCAAGGACGUCAGGGUGCGGGUGGAGAACCAGAACCUCAGGGUGAAGAAGGUGGAGGCCACACAGGGAGACCUGCUCGCCAAGAACAAGUUCAGGGUGGUCAUUUACCAGGGGGACCAGGAAGUCAAAGCUGUCACACCAGGUAACGAGCCGGCAGAGUCCAGCGGCGGCGCUGCGGCAAGACCUGAGGUGGAACCAGACAAGUUUGAUCUUCCUCCAGAGUCGGACGAAGAGUACAUGGUUGUGGAGGAAGCAGACACCUCAUCAGCCGGCCGGAUGAAGAAGACAGGCUUGACACGCAUCGAGAGCUUCAAAACCACCUUCUCCAAGGAGAACAUGAGCAAGACCCGAGAGAACCUGGGCACCAAAGUCAACAAACUCGGCGAGCGAAUCGUAACGGCUGAAAGGCGCGAGAAGAUCCGCCAAUCAGGUGAGAAGCUGAAGGAGACCUUCACCAAGACCGUCCCAGCGAAGCUGAACCUGAAGAAAGAAAGGACUGUGGCUGAGGGUCAGGAAGGAGCGGAGGGAGCUGCGGAGGCCGCCGUUCCAGUUCCUCCUCCUAAAGGCCGGAAGAGCAGCCCAGGAGCAGCCCGGCCGGCUGACCACCAGGCCAAGGCGGCCGAGUCCGAGGUUCCCAUGUACGACAUGAAGCAGCUGUCAUAAAUCAGGACAGGUGGACAGUUUUCUUUGGACCUGAGACCAGAGAGAGAGCAGGGAUGUAGUUCUGCUGGAUGGAGGAAAGUCUAUGAUUGUGGAAACUGGAGAGAAACGAGCAACAAGCAGAUCGAGUCACAUUAACAUGACUGAACAUUAAGACAAGAACAGAUUCCUGAAAUCACUGGGAUGUUUGAUGCUGAGUGUUUUCAGAAUAUUCACAUCACAUCCACAGGAUUUGGUCAUUUUUGUUUUCAGUUAUGAUUGAAAUGUUUGAGGACUUCAUCACCAGCUGCUGCUGCUGCAGCUGCUGCUGCAGCUGCAGCUCACUAAUUUGCAUGUUGAAGUUGAAAUGUUGGACGAAAUGAGUUUAACGUUUUGUUCUUAAAUAUCUUGAAAAAUGAGGGAAAGUGAAGUAAAAUAAAGUGGAUUUCUUUGUUUGGAAGUAA